AUGUCCGCCUGGAUGCCCACUGUGUUAUAUUAUCUUGUUUUAAUUAAUUCAAAUGGAUAUUGGCAUAAACUUAUUUAUAAAAAUACCACUUGUUUAAAUGCAUCAAUUCUUAUUAAUAAUGAUUCAUUCUCAGUAUUUAUAAUGAUUAAAGGUCGCUUCUCUUAUAAAGAAACAUUAAAGAAUUUUAUUAAUAUUUUAUACCGUAAUUCUAAACAAUUAAACGAACAACCAGAAUUAGUAUUAUUUGAUUUUAAUAGUCGUAUUCUUGUACAAAUUCCCUCAUCAUACUAUAAUAUAUUUCAAUAUCGUAAUAUUAAAUUGACUGGAUUUGAAUGUUUAAUUCCUUGUAAGAUUCGUGAAAUUCAAAAUUCCAGCACUCCUAGUUUUUUUUGA